UCCCUGGGAUGUCAAAAUAGAAUCAGCACUGUACAUAAACAUGUACGCGGAAAACCUACGUUAGUUGAAAACUUCAAUUGUUCAAAUAUUUGUGUUUGAAAGUUUCUAUCGGGAAUUAUGCGAAAAUGGCCGCCAUUUUUAAGAUCUUAAGCCUACUUACGACUGGUCUGAAGCAGCCUUAAAGUUACGACUUAAAUCUACGACGUCUUAGCUACGACCAUGUUGAUAAAACGCGACGUAGACGUAAGAUCGGUCGUACGACCAAAUCUUAGCUACGACCGGGCGUACGACCGUUGAUAAAACGGCACCCUGAUCUGUAAAAUACUUUGACUGUUUUUUGUAUUUUAACUAUAUUUUACACAAGAAAAUGAUAUUUUUUCCGAAACCUCUUAUUUUACAAAUUGAAUAUUCUUUGUCCUAUGUCGUUUUGAUUCUAUCAGCUUCCCUUUGUGAAACAAAUCUUUUACUCAUUUUCCUAUCUAAAUUUCUAUACUUAAAGAUCUUUUUGAACGGUAGGUCGUUUUUUACACAUCUAUCUUGAAUAUAAUAUUUUAAAUUAAUAGCCAUUUAUUAACUUUAUAAUUCAUUCGUAUAUCGCAAUUAUUUACUAGUACUUCUGCCGGUAUAUUUAUCAUUUUGACCAAUCAUUACUCGUGCGGUUACACAGAAGAUGUUAUAUUUUAAUUGUAAAAUUAUUUUCUUAUAUCAUUACGAAUAACGAACAUUACGAAUUUAUACAUGUUUAUUGCAGAGGAGGAAAUCAAAAUAAAGUUAUUCUGUUAUAUCAUUACUUUACAGGAUCUUGAUGUGUUCGAUAAUGAUGUACAAAAUUAUGAAAUUUACCAGAAAGCCUUAUCUGAAGGUGAAGAAAAUGAUAACUCUAUUCGAGUAAAUGUUGUAGGUAAUUUCGCCCAAGGCAAGACAUCAUUGACCAAUAUGCUUGUUGGAAAAGACUCGGAGAGCGUUCAGAGCACCAAUGGUGUUGAAAUAAAUAGCUGUAAAUAUUCCAAUACUCACGAAGGUGUCAAGUUUUGUUCACAGAGAUCUUCAUCGGAUAAGAACGAAUACCACAGACGUAUUGCGUCAUUAGUAAAGAUUCAGAAAGAUGGGAACAAAUCAAAUCAAAACACAAACAAUUCAAAACUUGGCAAAUUAAACGAAGAAAAUGCAAGCUUCCGAGGAUACGUAAGGAAAACAGGACUAAAGCAAAAUAUUGGAAAGAGCUCACCUAAAUCAAGAGAUUAUCGGGAAGUAUCAAGAUUGCUCAAAAUGAAUCAAUGUGAUCCGUUUAAUGCUGAUGGAGACCUACAGGUCUGGGACUUUGGGGGCCAGUUUAUUUUUUAUGCAACACAUACCUUAUUUCACAGCACGACUUCUGUUUAUCUUAUGGUUUUUGAUUUAACCAAACCGUUAUCCGCUAUUUUUGAGGAUCCUGAAUUUCCGAAUGAAUCUGUAGGAAAGAGCAUGCAGCAGUAUGCAGAAUACUGGAUGAGAUCUAUACAUACUUACGUGGGGUCCGACGAUGGUUUACAGCCUCCAGUCAUUCUUGUAGGUACUCAUAAAGACUUACUUAAAGGCGAUGAAACCAUGAAACAGAAAAUUGCAGACGAUUAUUUCGAUAAAAUAAGGGAGCUUUUUGAGGAUUCUCCAAUUAUCAAUCACAUUCAGGCAAAGCAUUUCGCCGUCGAUUGCACCAAUCCUUGCGACAGUAAUAUCGUUGAACUGCGUAAAAAAAUCAUACGCCUUGGUUAAAAUUUAC